AUGGCGAGAAAGAAGGUUGAUCUUGCAUACAUAAGCAAUCCCAAGAAGAGGAAGGAAGUAUUGAAGAAAAGGAAAAAUGGUUUGCUAAAAAAGGUUGAUGAAAUCACUACCCUUUGUGGCAUUGAGGCUUGUGCUAUCAUUUAUAGUCCAGACGAACCUGAGCCUCAGGUUUGGUCAUCUGACCAAGGAGUGGAAAGUGUGAUUUUCAAGUUUAGGGGAGUUUCUGAAUUGACACGAAACAAAAGAAUGUUUUGUCAAGAGUCACUUUUAAGGAAAAACAUAAUCCAAGUGCAAGGGCAGCUCAAGAAACUCAGGAAUGAAAAUAGGAUGAAGGAGAUUAACCUUUUCAUGUGUCAAUACUUUGUUGGUGGUAACCACCUUGACAAGUCCAAUAUUAUUGAUCUGAAUGAUAUCACAUUCUUGGCUGAUAAAAAGUUGGAGGAGAUUACAAAGAAAAUAGAAAUGCUCCAUGUCCAAGAGGUGACACCAACUACUGAAAAUGAGGAGAAACCAUGA